GGCCGGAAGGCCGGGGCGGGGUGGGACGGGGAAGUAGCCCCGUGGGGUUGCACCGAGCGGUGCUCAGCUCCCACCGCUGGGCAGGCAGCAAGUGCGGGUCUGGCGGAGCGCGGUGGCGCGCGGAGACCGAGAGGCGACCGCGGGCGGCAGGGCCCCCGGCGGCGCGCCACUCGGUCGGGCCGGGAGUCGCGCCAGUCGGUGUUCCCGGCCGAGCGCGGUCCGCCUCCCUCUCAGCGAUCAUCCGGCCUGAGGGCGGCCAGAGGGCAUGUCGGACCCCACAGAGGCGCCGCCGCCGGUGCGCGCGGGCCGCGGGUGAAGAAGAGAGUACGGCCUCACUCGGUCCGGAGCAAAGAGGUGGCCCGGAGCGAAGAGGGGGUCCGGAGCGAAGAGGAGGUGCUGAGCGAAGAGGAGGUGCUGAGCGAACAGGUGGCCCGUAACGAACAGGUAGUCGGGAGCAAAGAGGGGGUCCGGAGCGAAGAGGUGACCGAGAACGAAGAGGUGACCGAGAACGAAGAGGUGACCGAGAGCGAAGAGGCGGCCCCGAGCGAAGAGGAGGCCCCGAGCGAAGAGGAGGCUCCGAGCGAAGAGGAGGCUCCGAGCGAAGAAGUGGCCCAGAAUGAAGAAAUGGCGGCAGCCGGACUCAGCGUGACCGUCACCCACAGCAAUGAGAAGCACGACCUUCAUGUUACCCCACAACAAGGCAGUAGUGAACCAAUUGUCCAAGAUCUGGCCCAGGUUGUUGAAGAGGCCACAGGGGUCCCGCUACCUUUUCAGAAACUCAUAUUUAAGGGACAGUCUCUGAAGGAAAUGGAGAAGCCAUUGUCUGCAGUUGGAAUACAAAAUGGUUGCCGGGUCAUGUUAAUUGGGAAAAAGAACAGUCCAGAGGAAGAAGUUGAACUAAAAAAGUUGAAAAGUUUAGAGAAGUCGGUGGAGAAGAUAGCUGACCAACUGGAAGAGUUGAAUAAAGAGCUUUUCGGAAUCCAGCAGGGUUUUCUGGCCAAGGAUUUGCAAGCUGAAGCUCUCUGCAAACUCGAUAGGAAAGUAAAAGCCACAAUCGAGCAGUUUAUGAAGAUCUUGGAGGAGAUUGAUACACUAGUUCUGCCAGAAAAUUUCAAAGACAGUAGAUUGAAAAGGAAGGGUUUGGUGAAAAGGGUUCAGGCAUUCCUAGCUGAGUGCGACAUAGUGGAGCAGAACAUCUGCCAGGAGACAGAGCAGCUGCAAUCCACAAACUUGGCCCUGGCCAAAUGAGGAGAGGCGGGGAGAGGCUGUGCUGCCCUGAAGAACAGUGCCACCAGCUCUGCCCUCUGCAACAGGAGUUACCUGACUUCUCCAAGGCUGCUGGGUCACUUGGCCAAUUGCCAGUUUUUUUCUCCUACACCUCAGCAUAUUUCCCUGCUUAAAAACCUCUAUUGGUGCACCUGCUCUCAGUGAACAAGUAUUGUCUUUAUAAUCUUAA